GACGUCCUGCCGGUUGCGGUUCAAAGAGGAAGGAAGAUGGCGGACAACAAAGGCGAAGAGGAUAUGGAGAGCUCUUCCAAAUUAGAUUCAGAACCUCAGGGAGAGGAUAGCGGAGACCCAGAAUUGAAAGAUGUGAAUCCGCCGAUUUCCAUAGAGACAAAUUUGAAAGAAGGAGAGGAUUCACAAUCCCAGGAGAAUGUUUCCCAGAUGCCUAAACCAGCUAACGACGUCGUUAGCGGAGGAGGGGACGCUAGCAGCAACAGCGCGGGCACAGGGGAAGAAGACAGCAUUAGCAGUAAUGUUAGCCCAGUUGGGAACACCAAUGGCGGGACAACCGAAUUGAAAAAUGUGAAUGCGGUGAUUGUCAUAGAGUCGAACUCGAAAGAAGGAGAGGAUUCACAAUCCCAGGAGAAUAUUUCCCAGGUGCCUACACCCGCUAACGUUAGCGAAGGAGGGGACGCUAGCAGCAACAGCGCGGGCGCAGUGGAAGAAGGCAGCACUAGCAGCAGCCCAGUUGGGAACACCAAUGGGGGGACAACCGAGUCCUCGGCUGCUGGGGAUACAGCUGGAACCUCACCAACACUCACAACCGAUAUGUCCCCACCUCCAACAGUUCCACCAGCCAACCCCGUCAUCCCAAUAAACCUUAUGGAUACUUGCGCUGUGUGUAAACAAAGUCUCCAGACCCGUGACUGUGAACCUAAACUCUUACCGUGUCUUCACUCAUUUUGCUUGAAAUGUAUCCCACUGCCAGAGCGACAAGUUACCGUACAGGUGCCUGGGCCGAACGGACAGCCAGACACCCACAUAGUGAAUGUCAUGCGGUGUGUAGUUUGUUGUCAAGACUGCAAACAAAGUGACAUAAUUGACAACUACUUUGUCAAGGACACCACCGAGGCCUCCAAGACUUCAGAUGAAAAAUCUGCACAGAUGUGCACCAGUUGUGAGGACAAUGCAGAUACCAUUGGGUUCUGUGCAGAAUGUGGAGAGUGGUUGUGCAAAACCUGCAUCGAGGCUCACCAGAGGGUUAAAAUCACCAAGGACCACAAAAUCCGCAAGAAAGAGGAUGUCUCUGAAGAGUCUGUAGGUGUGUCGGAACAGAGGCCUGUGUUCUGUCCCAUCCACAAACAGGAGCCCCUGAAACUCUUCUGUGAAACCUGUGACACACUCACCUGCCGGGACUGCCAACUGCUGGAGCAUAAGGAGCACAGGUACCAGUUUCUGGAGGAGGCCUUCCAGAACCAGAAAGGCAUCAUCGAGACACACAUGGUCAAACUGCAGGAGAAAAAGACCUACGUUCACUACUCUCACUCUCAGGUGACAAGCAGGAUAAAGGAAGUUACUGAUACCCAUAAGAAGGUGGAACAUGACAUCAAGAUAGCCGUGUUCACUCUUAUCAACGAAAUCAACAAGAAGGGCAAGUAUUUACUGCAGCAGCUUGAGAGUGUGACUAAGGAGAGGAGCAUGAAGCUGUUGACCCAGCAGACAGACAUCGCCAACCUGGCCAGGCAGAUCCUCCAUGUGCUCAACUUCACCCACUCUGCCAUUAACAGUGGCAGCAGCACCGCCCUGCUUUACAGCAAGAGGCUGAUCAUCUACCAGCUGCGCAAGGUCCUGAAGGCUGGACUGGAGCCAGUGCCUCAGGCUAACGGAGCUGUUCGCUUUUUCUGUGACCCCACAUUCUGGGCCAAGAACGUGGUCAACCUAGGGAACCUGGUGAUCGAGAAGAUGCCCCAGGCUCAGCACCCUCCCAACAUUAUGGUGGGGCCCAUCUCCCCGGGCCACGGCCACCCGGGCCAUGGCAAAAGCCCGGGGCAGAUCAACCUGGCCCAGCUCCGGCAGCAGCACAUGCAGCAGCAAGCCUUCGCCCAGCAGAAACAACACCAGCAGCAGCACCAACAACAGCAGCAGCAGCAGCACCAACAGCAGCACCAACAGCAGCACCAACAGCAGCACCAACAACAGCAGCAACAACAGCACCAACAACAGCAGCAACACCAACAGAGGAUCCAGGAACAGAUGCGUAUUGCCUCCCAAAUAUCCCAGCAGCACCCCAGGCAGGCUGUACCUCAGAUGGUACAGCAGCAGCCCCCGCGCCUCAUCAGUAUGCAGGCCCAGCAGAGGGGCCCCAUGAACGGCGGGCCCAACAUGUACCCCCCCCACCACCUGCGCCUGCCCCCAGGACAGGGCCGCAUGCCCAGCUCCAGCGCCCAGCCACGCAUGCCCAACGGCCAGCAGUACUCCCCCAUGAUGCAGCCUCAGCUGCAGAGACAGCAUUCAAACCCAGGUCAUGCUGGACCCUUCCCAGUGGCAUCUCUCCACAACGUGAGCGCUGCCAACCCCACCAGUCCCACCAGUGCCAGCAUGGCCAGCGCCCAUGCCCACCGUGGCCCCGCCAGCCCCAUAGUGGGCGCCAUCGACCUCAUCCCCUCCGUCACCAACCCAGAGAACCUGCCAUGCCUACCAAACAUCCCCCCCAUUCAGCUGGAAGACGCGGGCUCCAGCAGCCUGGAUGCCCUACUGAGUCGCUACAUCUUAGCCAGCACAUACCCUCAGCUGGGCCUGGGGCCCCCCGGGAACAUGAACCUCUCCCACGGACCCUCCACACACUCCCCUGGCUCCUCAGGCUUAUCAAACUCCCACACGCCUGUGCGGCCAUCCAGUACGUCCAGCACAGGAAGCAGGGGCAGCUGUGGAUCUGCGGGUAGGCCAGGGCCAGCAAGCGGCCCAAUGGAACAGCAGGUCAGAGUCAAGCAGGAGCCCGGUGCCGAGAAGGAGUGUGGUUUCUCGGGAACCACCACCUCCAACGUCAAAACGGAACAAGGGAAGGAUGGAGGGAGGAGCGCAUGCAUGAUGAGUAGUUCAGAGAGCAGACGUACUCCCCCUCUCCCCGUGUUGGGCUCUGUGACUUCUGGCUCCUCUGUCCAGGACAUCCUCAAGAAGGUGGGGGAGCAUGUCAAAACUGAGCCCCAGGACCAGGAGGCCUGCAGUGGGGCCAACAGACCUGGCAACGCCCCUAUCACCACCAGCAGCACAUCCACUGUGGCCUCUGCCGCACUGCUGACCAAUGGCAAGGGAGCCGCGUCUGCUGCCCUGCGCUCUCCACGCACUGCACAGGGGACCAACCAGAGCGGUGCAGGAGGGAAGGAGGAUGACCCCAACGAGGACUGGUGUGCUGUGUGCAACAACGGGGGAGAGCUGCUUUGCUGCGACCGCUGCCCCAAAGUCUUCCACAUCACCUGUCACAUCCCCACCUUGAAGUGCUCCCCGAGUGGAGAGUGGAUGUGCACGUUCUGCCGGAGCCUGGCAAGCCCGGAGAUGGAGUACCAGCCUGACGACGAGCCUCGUGGCGAAAAGGACAACAGUGAGCAGGGCCUGAGUCCUGAGGACCAGAGGAGGUGUGAGCGCCUCCUGCUGUAUGUUUUCUGCCAUGAUCUCAGUGAGGGGUUCCAGGAGCCUGUCCCUCCCUCUAUCCCUAAUUACUACAAGAUCAUCAAGAAGCCCAUGGACUUGACCCUGGUGAAACAGAAGCUACAGUUGAAGCAUGUCCAACACUACCAGAGCCCGAAGGAUUUUGUCUCGGAUGUGCGCCUGGUCUUCAGCAACUGUGCCAAGUACAACGAGAUGUCUCGAAUAAUCCAGGUAUAUGAUGAGGAGAAACAGAGUAAUGUGCAGGCGGACUCAGAGGUGGCGGAGGCAGGGAAAGCUGUGAGUUUGUACUUUGAGGAGAGGCUGCUGGAGCUCUAUCCAGAUGAGAGUUUCCCCGAGGUACCAGAGGAGCCUGAGGUACCAGAGGUACCUGAGGAGCCCCAGGCCCCAGCUGGAGAGGAGGCGGAUCUCACAGAAGACUCCGAGGAUGAGUUUGUGCAGCCUAAACGCAAGCGGUUAAAAACAGAUGAAAAGCCGAUGCACAUCAAGUGAGAAUCAUUGUGUUAAAAGAGGAAAAGAGAAGGUCAAGAGAAGUGAAAGGAUUUUGUCUUCCUCAUCUCAUGUUUUUUGCUUUUUUUCCCCUUUAAGACCACAUACGUAAAAUGCAGGACCUAUUGUACAAAUGUACAGGUUUAUUUCAUCCUUUUCCUCUUUUAAAGAGUUAUUGUAAAAUAGAAAUUAAAUCAAUCUGUGUAUCCGGCAAACUGGACUUUUUAAAGACCUCCAUUUCCUCUUCUGUGGCAAUUUAUGGAUGUUUAAGAAAGUGCUUGUACAGAUUUUAAAGUAUGAUUUGUUUUAAAGUAUAAUUUUGUUUGCAGUAGUUAAAUGAAUAAUGCGUCCUUUUUUUCUAUUAUCAUUUAUAAUGUUUGUAAAUCUGUGAAACUUGCUUUAUAAAGUAUCUGAAACUCCCAUUUCCCCUAAUCUUGAUGUACUAUAAAGUUUGACAUUAAUUACCUACCAAGUAUUUGUUGUAUGUUUGCUGAAAUAUUUGACCUGCUGUAAAUAAGAGAAAACAAAUGAGGAAAAACCAGUGAUUUGUUUGGUAUUUCAUCAAUAAAUAAAAUAUGUUCAAAUA